AUGGGUUUGGUCCAGACUCUGCUAUCCAUAGGCUCGCUGAACGCGGCCGCACUGGCCGUGGCAGCGCUGCUUUUCGCCGUGGCCUUUUACCGCCUCCAUCUCCAUCCGCUCUCGCACAUCCCCGGCCCAUGGUUCGCGGCCGUCUCUUCCGUCUGGAUGCACGCAAUAUGCUACUUCGGGGUCGAGGGGCACGUUCUGCUGGACUACCAUAGGAAGUACAAGACGGCCGUCCUUCGCAUCGGGCCCGAUUCCGUGUCCAUCGCGGACGGCGAGGCACUCCACCAGGUCUAUGUGGCCGGCGGCGGCUUGCCCAAGGACGCACGGUACUCCAACUUCCGCGUAGAGGGCCACGACACCAUCUUCUCGGCAGUAGAUCAGAAUUACCGCGACCGGCGGGCCAAGGCGGUGUUGCCGCUAUUCGCGCCCAGUCGCAUCCAGUCGGCCUACGAGACGGACGGCGUCAUGGAACCGCUGGUCGCCAAGUUCGUCGCGCAGCUGCAGGAGGCGAGGGCCAAACCGGACGCCAAGAUCGAUGUGCUCGACCUCUGCUCGCGGCUGUCCAUCGACAUCCUUACAGCCUAUCUCUUUGGCUGCGUCUACGGAGGCCUCGACGAGCCACGCCGCCGCCCGCAGGACAAGCUGUCGGCCACGCCCUUUGUGCUGACCAUCGUUGCCUUGAGCCGCUUCUCCCUGCUUUCCAACCGACUCUUCACCUUGCUUUUCUCGGUGUUAUUCCACCAUCGCAUGCGGUCGGAUCCCGAGUUGGCCCCCUCGCUUCAGGCCGUAUCGCGUUUCGCCGAGUCCGUCGUCGAUGGCCCGAGCAGCAAGGCCGACACGUAUCAGUCGCGCCUGCGGGAUGCCGGCAUCGACCGCGAAGAGACGCUGGUCCAGUGCAAGGCCGUCAUGUUUGCCGGUGCCGACUCGACGGCCGUGGUCCUCGCCACCAUCUUGUUCCACCUGGUGCAGAACCCGCAGGUGCGAGAGCGCGCACGCGCCGAGGCCUCAACGGCCGCGGACCCCCAAUCCCUGCCUUACUUGCGCGCCAUCGUGCGCGAGGGCCUGCGCGUCGCCAUGGCCAACCCGGCGCGACUGACUCGCCUCGUGCCUACCGGCGGUCUGCGCCUGGCGGACGGCACCUACCUUCCGGCGGGGACCAAAGUCGGCGCGGCCGCCUAUGUCUUGCAUCACGACCCCGCCGUGUACCCGGACCCGUUCGUCUUUCGGCCCGAGCGCUGGCUAGCGGCUGGCCAGGCCAGCACCGACGCGCAGGCGCGCAACGCCUUCGCUUUUGGCCUGGGACCGCGGGCGUGUCUGGGCCGCAACUUGGCCAACCACCAGCUGCAUGCCGUUGUCAAGGCCGUGUUAGCAAGCGGCGUGCUCGAGGGCGCGAGGACGUGUACGGACCGCAUCAGACUCAUCGAAUGGUUCAAUGCCGAGAUCAAGGGGCACGAGCUGGAAAUUGCGUGGUGA